CUCAACUACUUACUUACAAUCGUAUACACGUUCCUGUUCAGGCCGAAUAGGGUUAUUCGCUUCUUUCACAUCAUAUUCAAGAAUUUACAGCACAUCGUUAACCAUGAGCGCCAGCAGAACAGCACUUACCAAUGUCAACGGCCGCGUGAUUGGCCCUGUAGGGUUCGGCAUGAUGGGUCUGACGAUGCCGUGGGCCCCUGUUGACUAUCCCAUCGCGGUCAAGGUUAUGAAGACAGCGCUGGAGCAGGGUGCUAAUCUUUGGAAUGGCGGUAUUCACUACGGCACGCCUCAGGCAAACUCGCUGCAUCUGUUGAAACACUACUUCCAGAAGUACCCCGAGGACGCUAGCAAGGUCGUGCUGUGCAUCAAAGGGGGGUUCACAGGCAUGCCCAACGGACCCACCAACACUCCAGAAGGUGUCCGCGCCUCCGUCGAGGAGGCUACCAUUGUCCUCGACGGCACCAAGACCAUCGACAUCUUCGAGUGCGCUCGGAUUGACCCUCAGGUCCCUAUUAAGACAACGGUAAAGGCGCUGGCCGAACUGGUCAAGGAGGGCAAGAUCCGCGGUAUCGGCCUGAGCGAAGUCAGCGCGAACACAAUCCGCGAGGCACAUGCCGUCCACCCUAUCUCCUCAGUCGAGGUCGAACUGAGCUUAUUCACCCCUGAACCUCUCUACAACGGCAUUUCGGACGCCUGCCACGAGCUCAAUAUUCCCCUUGUGGCAUACAGCCCUAUUAGCCGUGGCUGGCUGACAGGUGACUUGCGUACGAUCGAUGAUCUCGCGGCAGACGACAAGCGCCGCAUGCUGCCGCGCUUCAAGCCCGAGAACUUUGACCAGAAUUUCAAGCUUGUCGAGGCUGUGGAGAAGGUCGCCAAGCGCAAGGGCGUGACGACAGCGCAGGUGGCCAUUGGUUGGGUGUGUCGUGUGGGUGGCAUUCCCAUUCCGGGGUCGGUCAGAGAAGAACGGGUCAUCGAGAACGGCAAAGCGGCAUCACUGACUGAGGAAGAUAUGGCUGAGCUCCAAAGGAUCCUCGACACGCUAGCCGUCUCGGGUGAGCGCUUCGGUGGUCCACAUGAGAAGUUCCUCAAUGCCUGACCUUUAAGUCUAUUCUUCUGCUCCGUAGCGAGAACGCAGAGUAGCUAUACAGAGGCUUACUUAGGUGAUCGGGGGUAAUAAGGCUUUGGGCAUAGUACCAGAACUUAUCAGUGAAUCUUGUUAUGAUAUAGAUGCGUGAAGCCCUGCAGCCAAAUCUUCAUAAGCAUAUUAAUAUUGACACUCGACUAUUUGAGGUACCAUAAUGGCAGAG